AUGGCAGAAUCAUCGUUGGAUCAAAAUAGAAAUAAGGGGCUCAUAUAUGAGCUCCAGACCUUGAAGUCGGGCCAGCAGUUUCUCCUUUUCUCGGGCCAGAUCAGACUCCUUCUUUGUCCACGCUGCCUCCUUCUCGGACCACACCUUCUCCUUGGCCUCCAAAGCCACCAUUUUUUGCUUGAGAUUGGUCGCUUCCGUCUCAAGCUUCUUUUUGGUCGCUUCAUGAGACGCCCUCUCGUCGCUGAGGUUGGAGACCAGGAUGGUCGUCUCUCGAACCGCUAUCUCCUGGAGCUUGAUCUCCCCCUGCACUUGGUCCUCGAGAGAACAGAUCGUUCACAUGUAGACCUUAUGCUCGUCGAUCACCGGGUCGGUCUUCUUUGCAUACUUCUUCGUCCUUUCGUGGGCGUGGACCCGUCUGACAGAGCCCGAGCGAUGAAACCCGCCGCAUCUCCAUCUACUGAGUAUACGACAGACCGCCCAUGUAUAGUUCCGCAUCUGGGUCCUAGCAAGAUCUUGGUCGCCUAA